UCAGCAAAUGCCCACGAAAAAGAUGCAUGACAACAAAACCGAUCGCGUGACAUAACAUCAAAACCUGAUUGAAUCGACCGUCAUCAGUGCCCACUAGGGAAACUUUGAGCGAAACACGUUCUUUUCGUUUGCUAAAAACAUUUUGUAGUAUUGAUUGGCAUUCGUAGCGGCUCCAUUUUAAAAGCAAAAGUUAUUUCCAUCAGUUUCUCAUUUAAAUUUUCUUGUGUGCAAUAUUCUUUAUGGAUGAAUGCAAGGCAUCCAUGUUUUUAAUUUCACAAUUCAAAACGUUUGAACACCAUUGAUUUGAUUCAAAAGAUCAUAACACAUUCAACCUUUAUUUUAAUUUUUUGAAGUAACAGUUUCUUUUAGUGAGAGCCGAACAUGGAUGAAAGAGUGAACAAAAGAUCCGGCUUAAAUCUGAGCUGUUUCUGGACACCUCUAGAUUCCACCCCCUCUGUCACGUAUCCACCGUUCAUGCCUCCCUUAAAAUGUUUCCAUAUGUCAUCGCUCAACUCACGCAAUGUCGUAGACUAUGAGUGACGUCUGCAUUCCAUGGAUAGUUUGUCAUGUCAAAUGCCUAAAAGAUAUUAGCUUAGGAAGGUUUAUAAAGUUCAAUAUGAAGUACACAAUUAGCUUGCGUUGCUUUUUAAAAGCUCUGCACAUGGCUACUAUCGGUAAAAAGUUUGUACAAGCCCAGAUACACGACCUUGUUCAUAUUUUUGUGUCAUUAAAUUGCUACUGUAAACAGUAUCCAAAACAUUUUCCGUAUAGUACUUCUCCAAAAGAUAUUAAACCAACUUUCGAUGAAAAAAUUUGAAAGAUAAAGAACAGCUGGUUACUACUGUAAAAGUCUUCAAUUGAGAUUAAAUGUACCUCUGUAAUCAUAAAAUGACCUUUGUAGAGAAACACUGUUUAAUUGUAAACGCUUCUAACAGUUCAAAGCUGAAAAAAUUCUCAAUUGAAAUUAAUUAGCGUUAUUUUCCUUGUUGGACAGAAGAGGUUAAAAGUGCAUUGCCUAAAUGUUAAUUUCAAAAUUAUGCCUAGUUGAGCCAAGCCGUACUUUGAUCACCAGAAAAGAAUCUUAACGGCGUACAUACCUUGUGAACUUAAGUGCUAUCCACUGAGUUGAUAAAAUAAAUUGCCUACCGUAAAGAGUUUCUAAAGAUGACGUUUAAGCGUUAAUUAGCCCUUAGUCCGAGCUCUGAUUGACGCAGCAUCGUAUUUUCUUUAGAAACUUACCCCCUUUAUUCAUUUGUCGUAACUACAAUAGACCAACGUUCUGUAGUUGAGCUACAAAGGUAUCUUUUUUGGAAAGGAGACGAAUUAGGGGGUAUCUUUUGUUAUGAAUUUGAAAGACGUCAAGCCGAAAAGACUGCAUUAUUUCAGUAUCAUUUGAACACACAGAUGAUAUGGCUGACAUGGUUGCUCUUUGGAAAUCACAAUAAAUAUUAGCUUCACAAAGCGAAUUACAAAUUAAUUAGAAUUAAUCGAGUUAAUUCAGCACGUAAAAUAGAACAGAAACUGUCGGUUUACAAUCUUAACUGAGCAACAUCUCAACAGGAAAUCAAAAACGAGUCGAGACAAAAUUUUGAUCAUAACUUAAAAAAUAUACCACUCACAGGUGCAAAGUUAUGAAAAGUUCACGGCUAAGAAAUUCUAGAGCAUCCUUGUCAAAUUCUUGACGAAAAGAAAACAACCAACUUCAUAUACCACGUCUGAGAUAUUAAUAACAUCACAGGUUCUAUAAGCCUCGAAAUAAUAUUCAAAAUUAUAACUGUUGUUGCUGUUAAGAGGAGAUUCCACAAGCACAACAACUGCCUCAUAGUGAGAAUCUAAUGGCACCUACUCAGGCCUCGUGUCACCUUGAUUACCAUAAUAAUACUAGAAGGCUCUUGGAGACGUUAGUAACAAAAGCCAUGCAGUAAUAUAUUAUAAUAUAUCAUUAGUACUGUACUCUCAAGUUUAAGAGAUUGAAGUCAACGAACCUAUAUAAAAAAUGAUUUUCGAGGAAGACAUUACCGAAACGUGACCGGCUUCCAGUUCGCUGGUUUAUAACAAAAGAGGACAAUUCGAGGUUCAAUGAACUAUGUUUCUGUUUCUAAAUAUGACUUUGUCGCGGCCGAAAUCGGCCAAUCAGUUCGCGGCAAUUAGUGUCCACGCAAGUUACGGGGGACUAUUGAAUACAUAUUCCGGGGGCUGUAGUCAGCUGCAAGCAACAACGUCAUAUGCUCGUGACUGCUUGUGACUAACUAUGUAUGUUUAGCUUUCAAGGUCAUUUGAAACAAAAAGAAAACCCCCGAGCUACCAGAUCGAUUUGUUUGUUGACAGGCGCAUUAAGGACUCGCAAUCAGCGGGUGAAGCAAAAGGGAAAGAGGCCACGAAACAGUAACUAGGCGACCCGACAGGCAACAGGAAGAAAGUGUUAAUUUAUACUAGAAGCACCUGGGGUUUUAAGGCACCAACGAAUCAACGAGUUUCACAGAAAAAUUACUGACUUUUUGCGGUCGCGUCAAGUUUCUUCUUGAACAAGGGAAACCUGGGCUAUCUUAAUUCAACACUUAUAUUUGAUGUCCAGACGAAGCGCUCGAAACCAUACUGACGGCGUUAGCCGCAUUUGAACUGGGUAACCCAAUUGACUGUGACCAAGAAAAGGUGAAAAAGCAGUUGUUGAACAUUAAUUGAUAAACAUAUCCAUAUCAAAAAAAGCGGGUGAGCUGACUUUGAGGAUUCAAUACAACACAAAAAACUGAUCACUUCAGUUUGCAAGAGCCAAGUGAGCAACCUUCCCCGAGAGCUUACUUCAACAUGAAUAACACAACAAAUAACGAAACUGGACUGGGAAAUAUAAAUAGACAAGAGGAUGAGUUAAAGAGGAAGCUUCUCUUGUCAUUUUACGUGAUCGUGUUGUUCUUCACAGUGGUGGGAAACACGCUAGUAUGUUUGGCCAUCUACAUCGACCAACGGUUGCGUAGUCCGACCAAUUGGUUUAUUGCGUCACUGGCGGUCAGUGACUUGUUUUACGGGCUCGCGGGGCUGCCAUUCCGAAUCGUGGUGAAUGUGACGGCCUUAACGUAUCUAAGCUUGUGUUAUCUUUGGAUAUGGGUGGACAUGGUCUGCGCCGCAGCCUCCAUGGCUAACUUAGCUGUCAUAUCGGUGGAUAGAUACUUGAAAAUAACCAAACCGUUCAGUUACCAUAAACAUAUGACGAAAAAACGUUCGUUCUUGGCUAUAGGCGGCGUGUGGCUGUACGCGCCCAUAUUGGCGUCGUUUGCCAUAAUCAAAUGGCCUGGAGCACACGGGGUAAUAAUAGACGUUUCGCACGAUCUCUGCUUCAACGACAACAAAGUGUUUUACACUGUGGCCAACAUAGUUGCUUUCCUUUCUCCGCUCAUUGUGUUGAUCGUCAGUUACAGUUUAAUUUUUCGCACAGCCUUGAGCCAUUUCAACAAAAUGAAGGACAUGAUCGUAGGCUCAAGCAGUAAAGAGGACAGGCGCAAGCAGAGAAGUAUCGUGCGCGACUUCAAAGCCACCAAAACACUAGCCAUUGUGCUGGGUACAUUCACAGUAUGCUGGUUGCCCUUUUUCAUUAUGUUCACUAUUUCUUACUACAAUCCUAACUAUCUACGUCACUUUCCACUGAAGGUGCAAAGAGCGAUCUACUAUCUCUUCUUCUUCAUACUACCGAACCUAAAUAGCGCUUGUAACCCUGUCAUUUAUGCCUACUUCAACAUCGAGUACCGCCGGGCUUUCAAGAAGAUUAUGUGGUCGUUGUGCGAAGAUUCAAGCCGAGACCAGACAUUUAGGAGGAGAAAGAGUUCAUUAACGAGCUUCUUCCAAGCUAACCUCGUAAGACGUGGGAGUCCGCAGGAUUACAUAGCAGACGACAAGAAUCACAAUGAUAGGAAGUCUUUUCUUAACGGAAAUACUGAGACGACACACGUCUGAAGGACUUAACGCGGGAUUUCUUUGAAUAGCACACAAGAUAUGAAAAGCCUCACAGUGGAUAGCUUUAAGAAGAAAAAUUAUACGAACGUUCUCGGAGAUUACUUUAGUUGUGACGCCGGCUUUAUCACCAAAAAUCAUGUACCAGAUUUGCAUGUGUACUUUAAAGCAAGCAUUCUCUUUGAUAAUCGAGUGCCAAAAUGCGGCGCGUAACGAUUGCAUUAAAAGGCUCGGAUUUAACACUGCAGCUUGCUAGCAAGCAGUAAUUUCUAUUAAUCUGCUAAACUUCUGAACAAUUAAGACAAAAGUUUCGUCUAAGUUUACAUAUUAAUUACGCAGCAGCCAAGGUUCCCUAGGAAUACAGAGUUUUUCUUUGCAGGUCUAGCCUCGCAGCGAAACGAAUUUACAAGACGUCCGCGAGCCUUUGAUUUUGGCGGGAAAAUGUGAUUUGCCAUAGUAAUGAAAAUUUGUCUCGAAGAUCUUUCGACAAUGACGUAAUGCAUGUAGCUAAUCAAAAGUCUUGGAAACAUGGCUCACGUUCAGUAGAUGAUUUUGUGACCAGGAAAACGCUUUCAAUCGUCCCAGCUGAGUUAACUUUCUCACUCACUAAAAUUAAGUUCUAGAUGUAUAUCUCCACUGACAUAUCAUUAAAAAUUUUGCAGUAAAAUCUCUUUCACAUACAACUGUAGUGGAACUCGUUCGUAAAGACAAACGCAUGUUACCCAGGCCUAAUCGAAUAACAUAUAUUUUUUAGUUUUUAAUAACAUAUGUACAUAAAGAGAGGGUUACACAGAAUAUUUGGGACUUUGACCAAUCUUGAUAGAAAAACAAUCAUUAAAAUCUUGGUAAUUA